AGGUUGAAAACAAUUUAGACUUUCCCUUUCUCCAAUGCUUUCCACACCUCCAACAAGUCCACACUCUCUUUACAAUUUACACACAACCUCUCACACACACACAACUUCAAGAUUCCACAAAUUUCUCUUCUUCUGUUCUUCUUGAUGUUGUAAGUUUAGUAAUCUCUUAACCAAAUUGGUCCAAUUUCAUAUAAAGCUGUAAGCAGCUUUACAUGAAAUGAUGUUCCCUGCUUAUGUUGUUUCAAUUUUCUUGAUUUUAUGCAACUCCCGUUUCACAUUCAUACUUCAUGUAACUUGUUUAAACGAUGAAGGCUACACUCUUUUGACUUUCAAACAGUCAAUUACACAAGACCCUGAAGGCUCUUUAACCAACUGGAACUAUUCUGAUGAAACCCCUUGUUCAUGGAAUGGCAUUGCAUGCAAAGAUCAGAAAGUUAUCUCUGUUAGCAUACCCCAAAAGAAGCUUUCAGGGUCCAUAUCCCCUGUUCUUGGCUCUCUUUCUGAGCUCAGACAUGUUAACUUAAGAAGCAAUAGGUUCAUGGGUGGGUUACCAUUUGAGGUUUUCAGAGCUCAAAAGCUUCAAAGUUUGGUGCUUUAUGGCAAUUCUUUAUCUGGGUCAGUCUCAAAUGAGGUUAGCAGGCUUAAUUACCUCCAAACACUAGAUUUAUCGAACAAUUUCUUUAAUGGGUCGAUACCCAUUUCACUGAUUGAAUGUAAGAGGUUAAGGAGUCUUGAUUUGAGCCAAAACAAUUUCACUGGGUCAAUCCCAGAUGGGUUUGGGUCCAAUUUAGGCUUUCUUGAAAAACUUGACCUUUCGUUCAACCGGUUCACCGGUUCGAUCCCGAAAGAUUUGGGUAACUUGUCUAACUUGCAAGGAACUGUUGAUUUAUCUCAUAAUAUGUUUAACGGUUCUAUCCCACCUAGCCUUGGUAAUCUUCCUGAAAAGGUUUACAUUGAUCUUACUUACAACAACUUAACCGGCCCGAUUCCGCAAACCGGUGCGUUGGUGAACCGCGGGCCGACCGCUUUCAUUGGCAACACCGGUCUAUGUGGUCCACCGUUGAAGAAUUUGUGUGAACCGGAUGAUGCUAGCCCACCAUCUUCGUUUCCGUUUCUACCUAGUAGCGACCCGUCUGAGGCGCAAGAAACGGGCCGAAAAGGGUUGAGUAAGAGUGGUGUGAUUGCGAUAAUCGUUAGUGAUGUUGUUGGGAUUUGUUUAAUUGGUUUGAUUCUUUCGUAUUGUUAUUCGAGGUUAUGUCUUUGUGGUGGUAAGAAACAUGGGUAUGGAAAAGGGGGAAAUAAGCGUCGAAACGAGUGUUUGUGUUUUAAAAAAGAUGAAUCCGAAACGUUAUCUGAUCACAUUGAGCAGUAUGAUCUUGUGGCGUUAGAUGCGCAAUUAGGGUUUGAUUUGGAUGAGCUUUUAAAAGCUUCGGCUUUCGUUUUGGGGAAAAGUGGAAUUGGGAUUGUUUACAAAGUUGUACUUGAAGACGGGGUUACUUUCGCGGUUAGAAGAUUGGGUGAAGGUGGUUCUCAAAGGUUUAAAGAGUUUCAAACCGAAGUCGAAGCAAUUGGGAAGCUUAAACACCCGAAUAUUGUAACUUUGAGAGCUUAUUAUUGGUCUGUGGAUGAGAAGCUGCUGAUCUAUGACUUUGUCCCGAAUGGUAAUCUUGGCACCGCGAUUCAUGGGAAGCCCGGUGUGCCAUCUUUCACGCCACUUUCUUGGCCCGUACGUUUGAAGAUAAUGAGAGGAACCGCGAAAGGUCUAGCAUAUCUACACGAGUUCAGCCCCAAGAAGUAUGUCCACGGUGACCUAAAACCGUCGAACAUUUUACUUGGUUUGAACAUGGAGCCUCAAAUUUCUGAUUUUGGGCUUAGCCGCUUGGCUAACAUAGCCGGUGGUGGCGCGCCCGUACUUCAAUCCAACCGAGUGGUCUCAGAAGUUGCAACCACAACCACAACCGCGACUUCAACUUCAGCUUCACAUGCUCCAGCUUCGUAUUAUCAAGCACCCGAGGCUUUCAAAGUGGUGAAACCUUCACAAAAAUGGGAUGUUUACUCUUUCGGCGUUGUUUUACUAGAAAUGAUCACUGGAAAACCGCCCGUUGUGCAAGUGGGCCCGGAGGAAAUGGAUCUUGUUCAUUGGAUUCAGUUGUGUAUCGAAGAAAAGAAACCGCUUUCGGAUGUUUUGGACCCGGGGUUAGCGCAAGAUGCCGAUAAAGAAGAGGAGAUAAUCGCGGUUUUAAAGAUCGCGAUGGGGUGCACUCAAAGUAACCCGGAAAAAAGGCCAUCAAUGAGACAUGUUGCUGAUGUUUUGGACAGAUUGAGUCAAGAUUAAAUGAAACCCUCACCAAGUGUUGAUUUUGUGCUUGAAAAUGGUAAGAAGAACCAAGAUUUGUGAACAGGAUUGAAGUAUUGGGGUGGUUUUGACAUGUUUAGAUAGUAGAAGGGUGUGUGAUGUACAUCUGGUGAAGGAUGGGAGAAUGUAUUAUUUUAUUUUAUUUUAUUUUAUUUUUUUCCUUUUUUUGUUCUUUUUCAUGCAUAUCAGUUGGAUUUUUAAUUUAAAUAUUUAAUGUAUAUUUUGGGGAAACAAAUGUAGUGUCAUUGGUCUUGAUGUUCCAUUUUACUUUUGACUUUGUGGUU